AUGGAGGGUUAUUUGAGGUUCCAAGCACAAAGAGCUGACCCGGAAGGAGGAGAGUUUGGAGAGUAUGCAGCUGAGGGCCAGGCAGGAGUCAAAGUGACCAAGAAAAGUGCGACCCCGAGCAGCAUCAUCCUGAGCAUUGUGUGCACCCCAGACCGCUGCGGGGACACCCGGACAUCUCCUGUAUCCACCUGUGUGUACCAUGGAAUAGUCCGUAUAGAAUGUAAAUAUAGUGCUGGAGACGUGACCUUCUCCAACCUGGAUCCAUUCACACAAUAUACAAUCAGAGUAUACCACACUGGUCAGCCAUGGUGGCCUCUACAGACGUUCUAUAUCACAACUGAUGAAUCAGCUCCGGCAGCUCCAGACAUUGUGCGGACGCCCAGCAUGGAGGACGGUACAAUAGCCUGGACGCGGUCUAACGCACAGGGGAACAUCACUGGCUUUCAGAUGAGCAUCAUGGCCUGGAGAGAUUAUAAUUCUUCCUUCUCCUUGAAUAUAACUGAACGGUUUCCCCCCAGCAUUACCCAGUAUAAAAUGAAUCUGCAGCACGGGACCAAUUACACAUUUCAUCUGCGAGGAUUCACAUCUGCAGGAGGUGGCGAAUAUAAAAGUACCAGUGUAGAAACCCCAAUUGGAGAUCCUCCUGUCCCGACUGUUGCAAUAAAGGAUCUCACUUUACAGCUUCAACCGGUGUCUGAUGUCCAUGGACCAAUCAGUCAUUAUGAAAUAAUUAUCUUUAGUGAACCAAGAAGUAACAGGAGUGACUGUCUAGGAGUGACUCGCACACAUUACAACUCCACCCUGACCCCCUACACUGCGGCACUCCUCCCUGCGCACAACCUGACCAAGUUGAUAACACUGGGAGAUAGUCAACAUUAUGGUGGCUUCUAUAAUGCUCCUCUCAUCCCAAACCUGGAGUACAUGGUGUAUGUGAGGGUCACCAGCACAUGGAAGGAGGAUAAGUCGUCGUGUGUGUUUCUGGACUUCUUCACAGCUAAAGAUCUGGUCCGCGGCCCGGCUCCUGUCAUCGCGGGGUCUGUGGCUGCUCUGCUCUUACUCCUGGUCUUACUGGUUCUGGCUGGUUUAUGGAGGACUGGAUUUUAUCGGAAAUUAAAAAAGACAGAAGAAAUCCCGCUAAAGUCUGGACUGGGCAAGAAGAACAUUCCUGUUGAGAAUUUGUUGGACGUCGUUAAAACCUUGCGCUAUAAGGAAAUGUUUAAUAAUGAAGAAGAUGAGGAGAACGCCAACAUCUUACCUGCAGGGCGUUACCUGGAAUACAAGGAACUUCCAAGUGGAUUAUUGCAUCAGUGUGAAAUCAGUCAAUUUGAGGAAAACAAGAAAAAAAAUCGCUAUAAUAAAGUUGUACCUUAUGAUGAUUCCCGGGUGACGCUGAGAUCAAGUCUCUCUGGAUCGGAUUAUAUUAACGCUUCUUAUAUCAAUGGUUACAAAGCCCACAAAUAUUACAUAGCUACACAAGGUCCUCUUCCUGAAACAGUAGCUGACUUCUGGAGCAUGGUGUGGCAGGAGAGCAGCUCAGUCAUUGUCAUGUUGACUGCUCUUAAGGAAAAGAAUAAGGUAAAAUGUGAGCGCUACUGGCCAGAAGAAACCCAGACCUACGGGGACAUCACAGUCUCUCUACAAAGAGUCAUUCAGAACGGAGCCAUCAUCACCAGGAGCUUUAGCCUGAAGAAGGUGCAGUCGACAGUACAGAUGACGGUGGAGCAGCUGCAUUAUCUGGACUGGCCGGACCACGGCAUGCCCAGUAAGGCGUCCAGCCUGGUGCAACUGGUGGAGCAGCUGAACAAGAGUAACACCCCGGGCUCGGGCCCAGUCAUUGUGCACUGCAGGUACAAUUAG